AGAGAGGAGAGAGAGAGAGAGAGAGAGAGAGAGAGGAGAGAGAAUAGAGAGAGAGAGAGAGAGAGAGAGGAGAGAGUAGUCAGAGAGAGAGUAGAGAGAGAGAGGGAGAGAGUAGAGAGAGAGAUAGUGGAG